GCUAGCGCUCCAAUGUUCGCGCAGCCGCAAUGCGGUCAGAUGUCAUUAGCCGCUGCAGUCUGUUGGUCCUGGACAGAAUGGACAUGUGAAGGGCAUGCAUGAUGAUAAAAGUUUUGUCAUUUAUAAAUAAUAUUUAACCGAACCGCUUUACUCAGUUAGACCGACACGUCACUGUUGACGAGUAACUGAACGCUCGUUGCUGCUGGAGCGUGAAGCAUCCGGAGCAAACCGGCUCUGUCCCACACAGACGAGCAGAUUCGUGCCCCGGGGCGCCGUGUGCACCGGUCCCGCUGCAGGGCCUCAUCCAGACCGCCAUGCCACGUUUCUUCUGCUUCUUGCUCCCCAGGGUCCAUGCAGCUGAUGUGGCUGCUGCACAAACACCCCCCUCCUCCUCCUCCUCCACCAGUCCCGCUCCUGGACCCACAUCCAGCACCCUGCCAAGUAACAUCGGCAAGCCAGAACUUCCCGACACGGGAUGGGAGCGCAUCAGGGACCUCUUCGAUAGAGAUGAGACCAUGCAGUACCCGGAGGAGCUCACCAACAUAAUGAAGAACUGCUUUGUGGGGGCCGUCGCUGGCUUCCUGUACGGCGGCCUGCCAGCUGCUCGCUUCGCCAGGCAGAGGUACAUCCAGGUCAGCCAGGCGGAGGUGUACAGGGGUCGGGUCGACGCCGUUCGCUCCUCUCACCACGCAGCCAUCCGUGGGUUUUUGCGGUACGGGUGGAGGUGGAGCUGGAGAGUCUCUCUGAUUGUCACUUUGUUCAGCUCCGUCAGCACAGGACUGUCUGUGUACCGGGACAAGGACGUCCUCAGUAACUAUGUCGCUGCUGGAGUUGUAACUGUAGGCCUCUACAGACUGAACCUGGGCCUGAGAGGGUUGGUGGCUGGAAGUGUCAUUGGGGCGGUUCUGGGGGUUCCUACUGGAGCGCUGAUCCUAGGCCUGCAGCGUCUGAUGGGAGAAACCUUCAGAGAGCGGAGGAGGCGAGAACGCAGAGAGCUUUAUGAGCUCAAGCUCAAAGAAUGGUCGGCCCGACUGCAUAUGACCGAUGAGUUAAUCACCAGUCUGGAUGUUGGCUCCCAGUUAGAGGAAACCAGUAAAGACAUGCAGAGGAUCCAGGAGCUGCUCGGUUCUAACAACAGCGAGGAGUCCAACAACUGAACGCUCUUCAGACGGUCUCGUUAGAAACAAGACUUCGUUUCCUGGGAACGGUGCUGUAAAAAUGCCAGGAUGUAAAGAUUAAUCGGUAAUAAAUCAACAAAAUGAAACGUUCAGAUUACUGGUGGUCCGAAAAUGUUGCAACAUUUAAAAAUGUAGUUCUGUUUAUUUUAUUAUUUCUAAGGCAUUUAAACAAAAACCUGUUUUUUUUUUUUUUUUUUUUUUUUUUGUCGUGAUCAGCACUCCCCACCCCCACCCCUCUGUGAAACUGGACACAAUGAUGUUGCCGUAAUUAAAGUUUAUUUAUGUUUUUAAA